AUGGGGCUGAUUGCAGAUCUGGAGUCAGUCCAGUUAUGCCCCAGGUCCAGCCUGGAGCUCCUGGUUGCAAGUCUAUCUAAGUUUCUCCUGGCUAAUCCUGCUCUUCGGAGGGAAAGGUGGAGCGGACAGGCCAGGAAGGGAGGAGCAGCAGUGGACCCACACUGCCACACCAACUCUCUGGCUGCCCCCGUCCCCACAGGCUGCCUCAGGCCCUCACCCAGGGUGGAGGUGGGAAGCUGUGAGGCACAGCCCCUGGCUUGUUCACAGCUUUGUUUCCCCUUCCUUGUUUCAGACUCUCGGAGGAGGAUCACCGUCCUUUCCUCCUCAAAGGACAUCACUGAAAUUAACAUGCACAUGCACCAUGAAAGCAGUUUUGUUUAA